AUGGACGACUACGCGGUCCUCUCGGACGCUGAGCUGGCCGCUGUGCUGCGGCAGUACAACAUCCCGCACGGGCCUGUCGUGGGCUCCACUCGCAAGCUCUACGAAAAGAAAAUCUUCGAGUACGAGACUCAGAGGCGAAGGCUCUCGCCCCACAACUCGUCCACAUCCUCAUUCUCCUAUCGGCUCUCCGACUCAGAUUCGGCUUCGGCGGACUCGGAUAUGUACGAUCUGCCCAAGAAAGAGGAUGCCUUACUUUAUCAGAGCAAGGGCUAUAAUGAUGACUACUAUGAGGAGAGCUACAUGAGCACCAGAACUUACGGCGAACCUGAUUUUGCGGGCACAUCCAAGGGCUUCCGCCAGUCCGCAGAUGCUGACACCUUUCACCAGCAGGUGCGCGAAGACAGUUUCUACUCUUCAGAAGAGGAUGGCAAGAAUAGGGAACGCCCCGUGUAUGGCCGGGACAGUGCCUACCACAGCAUCGCGCACUACCGCCCAGUUUCCAACAUCACCAGAAGCUCCCUGGGCAUGUCCUAUUACCCCACCAGCUCCUCCUCCUCUUCCAUGUCCUCAUCUUCAUCUUCCACCCCCUCGUGGCUCGCCCGCCGAGCCAUCCGGCCAGAAAAGCAGGCCCCUGGGGCUGGGCUGGGCCAGGACCGCCAGGUCCCACUCUGGGGCCAGCUGCUCCUUUUUGUGGUGUUUGCUGCCUUCCUGCUCUUGGUUUACUACUCCAUGCAGGCCGAGGACCGCAACCCCUUCUAA